UUGAAGGAUGCUUCAAGUAAACGUUGACCGCAUUUGUUCUAUUUCUACUUUAGUGACUAGAAGGAGUCAAACUGACGACUCACAAUGUUUACCAAACGCAUCUGAUAAUGAAAUACAAAGCAAAGUCCAUCCACCAAACGAAUUACGUUGGACACAAUAAAGGGCGAAGCGCCGCUCUUGUUUUUGACCCUAGCCGCGCACCAUCCGUCACUAACCGGAACAUGGCGUCAGCGGACUCGCAGCCGCGGUUUGGCCAGUCUGUCAAAGGGCUGCUAUCCGACAAAGUGGGCUCCUGUGGCGGGGACGUCAUCGCGCUGACACGCCAAGUGCUGAAGGGAUCUCGCAGCCAGGAGCUUCUUGGUCAAGCGGCACGAAAUAUGGUCAUCCAGGAGGACGCCAUCCUGCACUCGGAGGACAGUCUGAGAAAAAUGUCCAUUAUCACCACACAUUUACAAUACCAGCAGGAGGCCAUCCAGAAGAAUGUGGAGCACUCCAAAAACCUGCAGGACCAGCUGAGGCACCUGCUGAAGUGACGGAGCAGCCGGAGGACCCGGGCCCCCACCGCGUCAGCGGGAGGGUUUAAAGUCAGACCUCCGGAAGCUGCUGGGUCACGCGCUGCUACGUGUGAAGCACUGCUGGGGGGCUAUGGACAGGGUUCACAGCGCCAGAGUGAAGCUCUCUGAUUUAUAAUCCAACGGGGUCAGUGCAGCGGACCCCCAGCCUCCAGCCCCCUCAGCAAAACACCGCUGCCAUUCAGUUCAGUAGUCGUGCGACUGAUGUACAGAUUAGGUGACGGCUUGAAAUGUCUUCGAGUAAAACGAUUGAAUGAGGCGCGUUGAAAUGUUUUGGAGUGCUUUAACUUGGACCACAUCGUUGAUCAUUGGUGGGAGUUUUUAGGAGGAAACCAAACGUAAUCGCGUGCGACCGUAGAAAACAAGAGUUUUCAUUCUGGGAUUUUCAAUUUGUCGAAGUGGUCUAAAGUUCUGAUGCUACGUGGACCCGAAUAUUGGAGAAGACUGAGGGGACGUUGACCCAAGCAGAUGAUCAGUCAUGUGAGCUGGAGGUUGAUUUGCUGGUUUUAUGACAAUAAAAACACUCACAUUUCAAGUG